GAGAGGUGUAAAACCUAGAAACAGAGAAGAAGAGCAGUCGAGUCCCAGUGAGAGGAUGGGAAACUCUCUCCUGAGAGAUCUCAGUUGCCUGGGAAAGAAUAAAGGGAAGAUCAGGAAGGAAAAUGUAGGUGUGAGAAGAAAACGGCAGGAAGUGACCACAGCUGAAGGAGAAAUUCAAGACCAAGAUAAGAAAAGUAAAGAAUUUCCAUCUACUUCUAGCCAGGACAAUGAGAACAGCAGUGGUUGUGAAGAAGUGUGCUACACCACCAUUAAUCAUGGGCUCCUUCGAAGGUCCUCCCUGAAUUCCAAUGAUAAUGGAUAUGAGAAUAUUGACUCUGGCACCAGGACAGUGAGACCCACCAGAGCAGAGUCCGAAACAGAAUAUGCCUUACUGAGGACUUCGGUUAUUUGUCCCUCUUCCUUGACCCCUGACCAUGACUAUGAAUUUGUGCUUCCAAAAUAAAAUCUUCAACUUCCUCAUCAUCCUCAAGAAAUGAAGAGGAGACGGAAAAGCAGGUUUUGUGAGUAAUCACAUCCUCAGCAGUUGAAAAGCACUCAUUCCUGACCAUAGUUUAGAAAUAAUAGAAUUUUAUUGGCUUGGGAAACCCUGUGGGGCAUCUUCAUGGUCAGAGUGAAGUCUUCUACACUGACUUAAUGACAGAGAGGAUUCUGCAUGUUUGUACUGUAUGGCUUGAGGAUAUAGAUAGUCACAAAUUUCCUAGGACAACAAGGUCAAGCAGUUGUACAUCCUACAAUAUUGAGUCCUAAUCCUCCUCGCCAAAUAUCAAGAAUCAGUAUUUCCACAUUCAAGGAUCUCUUUUCUUUUGAGGUAUAGUUCUAUCUAAUCAACUUUUAAAAUAUAAGACUAAUGAACUUACCUGAUCUUCAUUUACAAUUUUGUCUUUGUACUGGAAAAAUUUUCCUUGUUAACUUGUUAUAAUUAUUCAAGCAUUAGUGGCUUUUUUUACACUGUACUUUCUGAGAGGAGGAACUAAAAAUAUGUCAUAGAAAGAAAAUGAAAUGUGUCAGGUACAGUUUUCUAUCAAUGUUCAGAAUAAAAUGGAGCAUUCUGUUCCAAGAUUAGUAAAAUUAAACUUA